AUUAGACCAGUUAUUAGAAGGGCUGCAACGCAUUGCACGUGCUCGGUAACCACAGUAUAUUGAGAUAUUGUCCCAUCUAUGCUUUCAGAUGAAUUGCAGCAUAGAGUUGUAUGUUAUAGACUUCUCUGACAGACAAGUCUGUGAUGGGAACCAAGAUACCAUAGGAAACCUUGCACUGGUGCAUUUCAUUGACACUGCAAGUGCAGGAUACAAAGCCAGGAUACGGAUUUUAUUUACUCACUGACUAUAACCUUUGAGGAUUUGUAAACCUAGGGGACUUCAGUGCACGUGGAGCAGUUAAAGGACCCUGGAUUGAUUCAUUAACAAGAUGCGCGCUGCUAUUGCUCGGAGUUUGGGAUGUAAUUUUCCGUUUUAUUUAUAGUUUACGUUUAGGGUUUUACGAUUUGUUGGAUUCAUUGAGACACCGUAAGGUGACUUUCCUGACUCUGCUCAGCUUGGUUACUUUCCAGGGCGAUUUAGGGGCGCAGGAAGCAGCCCAUGUUAACUCUGGAUCUCAGCUGGCUCGGGGAAGUCCUGCCCGCUGCUGAUCUGCCUCCACCUCCGGGCUGGGGAGAUCCUAGCUCGCCUCCUCCCCCUGCAGCUUUCCCUGGGGCUUUGUUCCUUCCUGUCCCGCAGUGGCUCCGAGGUGCUGCUGCUGUUGGAGUGGUGGCGGUGGCUCCUCCACCCAGCCGGCUCCCCUGGAUCCGGAGAACGGGAGAGCAGCUGGCCCGACUGAGCGGGCACUAAAAGCUGGGCGCAUCAAGAGGAUGGUGCGUUUGGCUGCCGAACUGCUCCUGCUGCUGGGACUGCUGCUUCUCACCCUGCACAUCACUGUGCUUAGAGGAAGUCCUGCUGCCAACCCUGCCAAUGCCAACCAGAGCCAGCAACAAGUAAGGAUACUUCAACCAAAAGAAACAGUUUCAAAUGGCAAAAUAAAGAACGGACAGCCUUCUGAAUCCAGCUUUCUACUUAAUUCUGAAGAAAGAGUGGAGUUUCUUGAUGACCAGACUGCACGGAAGUCUUAUUCUAAACAUCGCUUUAUGGCCAACGGACACUCAUCUUUGCAAAGAGAUGGACCAGGGUCAUUCCUUUUAGAUCUUCCUAAUUUUCCGGAUCUCUCAAAAGCAGAUAUUAAUGGCCAAAAUCCAAAUAUUCAGGUUACUAUUGAAGUUGUUGAUAGCCCUGAUAGUGAACCAGACAUGCAAAAGGAGAACAAACCCAGCUGGCCAGUUCCCUCACCUGACUGGAGAAGUUGGUGGCAGAGGUCAUCCAGUUUACCUCGUCUAAACUAUGGUGACCAAGAUUACAAAUACGACAGUACCACAGAGGAUAGUAACUUUCUAAACCCACUGGGUGGUUGGAACAGACAAGUCCCCAGUCAUCGUUCUUAUGAUUUAAGAGAACAGCCAGAGUAUGAGUAUGUUGAUGGUGAAGGUGAUUGGAGCCCCUGGACCUUGUGCAGUGUAACCUGUGGUAGCGGAAACCAAAAACGCACUAGGUCGUGUGGAUAUGCAUGCACAGCUACAGAGUCAAGGACUUGUGAUAUGCCAAAUUGUCCUGGGAUUGAAGACACUUUUAGAACAGCAGCAACAGAAGUGAGUUUUCUUGCUGGGAGUGAAGAUUUCAAUGCUACAAAAUUAUUUGGAAUUGACACUGACACCUGUGAACGGUGGAUGAAUUGCAAGAGUGAGUUUCUCAAAAAAUACAUGCACAAAGUUACCACUGAUCUUCCUAGUUGUCCUUGCUCAUAUCCAACAGAAGUAGCAUACAGUACAGCUGAAAUAUAUGAUCGCACCAAACGAAAAGAUUUCAGAUGGAAGGAUGCAAGUGGUCCUAAAGAGAAGCUGGAGAUCUACAAGCCAACGGCGAGAUACUGUAUUCGAUCAAUGCUCUCUUUGGAAAGUACAACACUUGCUGCUCAGCAUUGCUGUUAUGAUGACAGUAUGCAACUUAUUACCAGGGGCAAAGGAGCAGGGGCACCAAACCUCAUCAGCAUAGAAUUUUCGGUGGAGCUUCAUUAUAAAGUGGACAUUUUACCCUGGAUCAUGUGCAAAGGUGACUGGAGUCGAUAUAAUGAAGUUCGUCCUCCAAACAAUGGCCAAAAAUGUACUGAAAAUCCCUCUGAAGAUGACUAUUUGAAACAAUUCCAAGAAGCAAGGGAAUUCUAACAAACAAAUCCUGCAAGAACAUGUCUUUGAAUAAGGAAUGAAGUGCUUUACAGCACUGUCUCUUGGAAACAGGGUCAGGUGUUUUUAUUAGAUCUUGUCUAUGGAUUUAUAAGGUUGUCUUUAAGGCUUCUUUUAUAAUCAUCCAAUAUGCGUGUCUGUGUGCUCUUAUAAACAGUAUGCAUCAUUGUAAGCAUUGGUUACAAGCUAAAAUCAACAACAAAACAACCUAAACUAAGCAAAACCUAUUGAUCCUAUUAUAAAAACACAAUGCAAAUUAGUGGACCUCUUCAUCAACUUGAUGUUGGGGUUCAUGAAAUAAAACCUUAAGCUAACAAGUGAAUGUGAUAAAACACAGAUUUGUCUCUGGAACAGCCAAAUGUGUGCUAUUUCUUUAAAUUAAACAAGAGCUUGGGUUAGCUGGUUUCUUAAAGUGAAGGAAAACUGAAAAGGCCCAUGAUGCAGGCUUGUGAGGGGUUCAUUAGAUAAUCAAUAAUGUGGCUUUUCUUAAAAUGCACAUUAUACUGACACACAAACCAGGGAAUUCAGGGUAGAUUACACAUGACUUUUUCAGGGACUAAAACUAUUAAGUGGCACUUUUUCAAAGAAGAAGUCAGACAAUUGCUUUGUCUUCUUGUUUUACAUGAAUUUAGUGGGUAGGCCUCACAUUAAGGCAUAAACCAAAUGCAGAUUCAAAAGAUAAUUUCAAGAAUGUGUGGGGGGUUUUGUCAUUGCUGUUUACAAAUACUGCAAUAUUUUUGUAAAGUAUUUAUUAUGUUGUAGUUAUAUAUCAUGCAUUGAGCAUGUUUUUUGUUUUGUGUUAAUUCCUUCCCUCUUUUUGAAAUGUGGUUACAAAUGUGGGAUUUAACCACCAGGUUUAAAGCUGGAAAAAAAUUAUCUAGAAGUCCAUAAAGAACAUAAAAUUAUAAAUAAAAAAUGAUAAAAGUGG